AUGGCGGAAUAUCAGCAAAGCUCGAGCAGAUUAUUCUCGAUUUCUUCGUGCGAGGAUCGAGGUUCGUUCGGCUCCUUAAAUUCAGAAGCUUUCGAAGGAGACGAGGAGUUUUACGAGGAGAUCGAGGCACCGAAGUUCGUCGAUUUCACCGCGCCUGACCAUUACUGCCCUGACGAUCGUUACUGGUUUUGCGGCCGUGUUGGAUGUGACCAAAAGCAUGAAGAAGAAAUGGAUUCUGAGGCAAUCUACAAGAAGUUUGUCCUCAGGGUAAUGGCAGCUAGGAGUCCCAACCUAAGGCUACGAAAAGCACUCGAUAGAAAUACCACAAGAAAAUCCCCACUUUCAGCUCCUCCGAAACCUUCCAAGCCAAGAUUAUCAAGAAUGGCCAUUGGUGAAAAUGGCCGAGACCGAGAAAGAACUGUGAGGCCCGUUCCGAAGCCCGUGUCCACACCAGUGAUGAAAACAAAGCCCGUUUCGGCUAAGUAUCUCACGACCCCAAGGAACAAGAAUUGCACACUGAACCAAAAUCCCUUUCGCAGUGUACAGAAUCCGAAGUCUACAACAGACACUGAUAAGGACUCAAAAAGUAGUAGAGUUGUGGCUAAAGCACUGGUUUUUAAAUCCCCGAAGAAGACACUAAUAAAGGUGAAGACUUCUGUCGAACUCCUCCGCACUCCCACCUCGAAAUUGUGUCAAGGAAAGAAUAAGCUUCAUAUUUCGAACAAAUCAUCAAAGAGUUUGAACAGAAGUUGCUCGAGCAGACAAUUAAGUGGUCGGAAGGUGCAAAGAAAACCUGAGGAGCCGCUAUGUAUUAAAUCUUGUGCUAGUCAAGAAUCUGAAUCUGGAAAAUCUAUUAAAAAUAAGACCAACAGAAAGUUAUCACAUAAAUCUACUGAGGGAGAAGCUCGUUUGCCUUCAAUGGGGCCACCAUCUAUGCAAAAUUCAGGAGUUUUGGCCUUACAAGAUGAUGAUUCAAAAAGAGACCUUGAAGGGAGUGAGAGUUCAAGGUCUAAAGUUUUAAAUGAGCAGGAUAAUAAUAUUAAUAGUUGUGACGGGAAAGAAACUGUGGGCCACAACAUAGCGAAUGACUCAUUUCAAGAUAUAAGAGAGAAGGAUGAUGAAUACAUGGAUGGCGAUAACAAAGAAAAUGCUACAGCCUCUGAUGAAAACAGGAUGCGCAGCAAAAAUCCAAAGCAAAAUGGUAAAAAGAUAUUUGCUAUGCACGACCAGUGCAGUCAAGUUAAGAAGAAGGUUACUCAAGCACAGAACAAGAUCCUAAAAGAGGGCUUGAUUGCCUCUAGCUCAGUGGUGAAGCUCAACAAACCGAAGCCCACAAAUCCUAAACCAUUUAGGCUAAGAACUGAUGAGAGAGGGAUUCUUAAGGAAGCUUGCGUGGAGAAAAGAACUGAUCGUCUUCUUGCUCAUCCAACUCAAAGAGCAACCUCAAACACACUUAGCUUAAAACUGCACGGAAAACCACACAAUGACAUUCAGGGACUUAAGAUGCCAAAAAGGCAAGAAAGAUCAAAAUCAGUAGCUUCAUCGAUUGCACCAGAAAGUGAAAAACAUCAGGAGAAAAAAAAAGUGAUCGCGAGUUCCCCUCUCAAAAGCAAGGCAAUGCAAAGGUUGGAGAAAUUUAGGAAAAUCAGUUCUUCUGUUAAGAAAUAUUCUGUUCGGCCUCAAGGGGUUGUUUCAACAAACAAUGAUGAAAUGGUUGUUUCCUUCCUGAUUCCGGGUCAAAAACUCGACGUCAUUCAUGAAAGUUCUCCCGAAGUUUUGGAACUAAAGAGAGCGUCAAAGACAAAUGCAACUUCACUCCAAUGCAGCAAGAACAUACAUACAUUGUUUGAGGCGAGGUCGAGCUUUCACGAACCGAACCUAGUUGUGUUUGCUAAUGACUCGGUUCAGAAAACAGCUCUAAAUAUCGACCUCAAGGAUCUCAAAUAG